AUGCAAGUCACCUUCGCCCUGUCAAAUUUGACGGGACGAGCAAAGACUUGGGCCUUAGGGCUCAAGCUUCACGACCCAAACGUGUUUGAGUCGUUAGAGAUCUUGAAGGCUCGGCUUAAAGAGAUGUUUGAGCCGCCAAGAGCCGAGUUUAGAGCACGCUAUGCACUCUUGAGGCUAAAACAAGGUAAGCGUAACGUGCACGCUUACGCGCAGCACCUGCGCUACAUUGCAAGUAGCGUUACGAAGAACCCUGUCGAUGAGUAUACGCUCAUCAACGUGUUCAUCUAUGGCCUUGUAGAUGGGCCGGUGAAGACCUACAUGUUUCAAGAGGACUUCCAUACUCUAGAAAAAGUGACAGCGUUUGCGGAACAAGAAGACUUCAGCCUGAGACAGUCUUAG